CCCAUCCCCCACCAGGAGCAAACAAUUGAAAUCACUUGUGUCGAAGUGGUUUUCGAGUUCAAUUCGGCGGUUUUCGACGCCAUUUUUCACGAAAUAAUCAAGUUUUGCCAUCGUUUAUCGGGCUAUUCUUUCCUCUACAAACGUAAUAGUUAUUCGUCGCGCUUUUAAUAACAUCGAAUACCCACAAACGGCGUCUGAAAAGUAGUAAAUCGUGCGGUGCGUCUGGUUGAAAUGACAACGGCAGUUUGUAAACAACGGGCGACGUGAUCCGUUCUCUUUAGCCUUUUCGAUUUUAUUGUAGAUAUUUUUAUGGUGGUCCAUGUGAAAAAUAAUAAUAAAUAACGUGAAAUUUAUUGUUUAAGAAUCGUAAUCGUGUUUUCGCUUGUUUUUCGACUAAAUUUCAACGAAAUAUUAUCAAACACGGCUUCAGAUAUGGUAAAAAGGUCGGAUGGUACCGAAUCUCCAAUUCUUGAAGAAAAAGAGACCGGAAACACCGAAAAACCAAAGCAGUUAGUUAAAUAUGGAGAAUUAGUUAUAUUAGGUUAUAAUGGAUUUCUUCCAAACGGCGAUAGAGGCAGAAAGCGAAGCAAAUUCGUUUUGUAUAAAAGACAAAAAGCGAACGGAGUAAAACGUUCAAAGCACUACAUUGUUAGAACACCUCAUUCAUCUCAAGCGAUUUUGGACGCACAACAACAUUCUAUUUCGUAUACGCUGACCAGAAAUCAAGCUGUUAUAGUGGAGUAUACGCCUGAUGAAGAAACCGACAUGUUUCAAAUUGGUAGAUCUUCUGAAACCCCAAUCGAUUUUGUCGUAAUGGAUACGAUUCCUGGCGAUAAAACCGGGGAGAAUAAGGUGACUCAAAGCACGAUAUCGCGGUUCGCAUGCCGGAUAUUGGCCGAUAGAAACAAUCCGAAAAUAGCUAGGAUAUACGCUGCAGGUUUUGAUACGUCGAGAAAUAUUUUUUUAGGGGAGAAAGCGACAAAAUGGCAUGAUAAUGGCUGUGAAAUCGAUGGUUUAACAACGAACGGCGUUUUAAUAAUGCACCCGAAAGGAUUAUUUUGUGGUGGUGAAGCCGAGUGUGGUUGUUGGAUUGAAACGUCCGUUGGCGGCGGGGUUUAUUCGUUAAGAGAAUCAAGAUCGGCACAAAAAAAGGGACAAAUGAUGAAAGAUCAAUCGAAUAUUUUACAAGAUGGCACUUUAAUAGAUUUAUGUGGUGCUACGUUGUUAUGGAGAUCAGCUGAUGGUUUGGAAAAGUCCCCUAGUAAACGUGAUUUAGAAAAAGCUGUAGACGAAAUAAACGCAGGAAGACCGCAAUGUCCCGUUGGGCUUAAUACUUUAGUUAUUCCAAGAAAAGUGACAGGAAAUGAAAAUCAACAACAACCUUACGUAUACUUAAAUUGCGGCCAUGUUCAAGGUCAUCAUGAUUGGGGACAGGAGAAAGAUUCUGGCGCUCGGAAAUGUCCUAUUUGUAUGAAGGUAAAUGAUAUACAGGGUGUAUCUGAAUGACUGCAACAAACUUCA